UGAAUGUGCAGCAAAAACACAUGGUUGUCAUGCCGACGCUAACUGUAGCAACAUCCCUGGUUCUUAUGCAUGUGCAUGUUCAACUGGUUACCAAGGAAAAGGAACACAUUGCUCAGACACCAAUGAAUGUACAGCAAAAACACAUGGUUGUCAUGUCAACGCUCAAUGUAACAAUACCAUUGGUUCAUAUGCAUGUGUAUGUACAACUGGUUACCAGGGAAAUGAAACGCAUUGCACAGCAACAGACGCCAACGCAAGUCGCUCGAAUACCUACCUAACUCUGGGUCUUUCUCUCAGUCUUGUUGCUGUGCUGGUAGUGGCUUUGUUUACUUUUUUCAUUCGUUUUCAAAACAAUAAGCUGCGAGGAAUACACGGAAUAUCCAGCAGGUCUGGACGUACACAUGGAAAAUCCUCUCGUCACAUUUUGGGGAAUGACGCGGGCAACGUGUACUCCAAUACAGUUUACAGCCUUGAAUUGGCAAAGAGAGAUUCUGGUGCACCGGACAAGGCCAACAGCAACCAGUACGUCAUCAAUUUCUCCACGGCGGCAACGAAGAGCAACACAGCAUGCCGCGGCUCACCCAAAGCCAACAAAGCUAGCAUGUACCAGCGUGUGCUCGGGCUAGCCUUAAAGAAAAGCGCUCGUUCUGACCACACGAGUGCUAGUACUAGUGAAAGUCUAUCAGCCGAGGCGAUACAUGAUGAUUCCCAUGACAAUCGUUCCCCGGCCAGUGUAGCGACUUUCACUAGCUGCAAUUCUAGCGAACAAACCACUGGCCGACCCAAACUUGUAACUGGAGACACUGAGGAGACUCCAUGCAGCCUCAGCGGUGACAGUAAGCACGACGCUGACAUCUACGGCAAUGAGAGUGGUGAUGACAGUGAUGUGGAUGGCAAUGUCAUCGACGCUGACAUCUACGGCAAUGAGAGUGGUGAUGGCAGUGAUGUGGAUGGCAAUGUCAUCGACGCUGACAUCUACGGCAAUGAGAGUGGUGAUGACCGUGAUGUGGAUGGCAAUGUCAUCGACGCUGACAUCUACGGCAAUGAGAGUGGUGAUGGCAGUGAUGUGUAUGACACGUGCGUCAACGACAGCAGCGGUGCAGGUGCGAGUAAUACCAUUGAUGGACACGGGAUUACAGAGAAUAUAUAUCAAUGUGGUGAAGUUGCAAGUUACAGCGACAACGUUGCAGAGAAUGUAUAUCAAUGUGGUGAAGUUGCAAGUUACAGCAACAACGUUGCAGAGAAUGUAUAUCAAUGUGGUGAAGUUGCAAGAGACAGCAACACCAUUACAGAGAAUGAAUAUAAGUGUUAUGAAGGUGCAAGUGAUCCCAUUGCUAGAAAUGCGAUUGCAGAGAAUGAAUAUCAAUAUUAUGGUGAAAUUACAAGUGGCAGCAAAGCAAUUGCAGAGAAUGAAUAUAAGUGUGAUGAAGGUGCAAGUGAUACCAUUGCUAGAAAUGUGACCACAGAGAAUGUAUAUUAUCAAUAUGGUGAAGUUGCAAGUGGCAGCAAUGCGGUUGCAGAGAAUGUAUAUCAGUGUGAUGAAGGUGCACGUGAUACCAUUGCUAGAAAUGUGACCACAGAGAAUGUAUAUCAAUAUGGUGAAGUUGCAAGUGGCGGCAAUGCGGUUGCAGAGAAUGUAUAUCAGUGUGAUGAAGGUGCACGUGAUACCAUUGCUAGAAAUGUGACCACAGAGAAUGUAUAUCAAUAUGGUGAAGUUGCAAGUGGCGGCAAUGCGGUUGCAGAGAAUGUAUAUCAGUGCAGUGGAGAUUCAAGUGACGCUGGUGUUAGAAAUACGUAUCGUAACUUCCCUAAAAGCAGCCCCAAUCGCAGUGGCGCUGUGCAGACUUCUCCUCCCGCUCGGCAGCAGGUCGAUAACAGCACUCGACAGCAUCAGACCGUGUCUAAACCUCAGUUACCUUCAAGUGCGCGGCCCUGUCUAGCAUUUCCGCCAGUGCAGCCCAAAUCUCCACAACCGGGUGUAUAAUCACACUGAACACUGGGCAAUAUUAUUAUUCUCGUAUCCGUCCCGAAUGGAACUCACGACGGCAGAAUUGACUGUGAGCAGGUGUGUGUGAGAGUGGGAAAACGAAAUGAAAAAGAAAGGGAGAGUCUUGUAAUAGAGGUCAAAUUUAAGAAGAGCAGUACAAGACUAAAUGGCUGAGCAGAUGUUACCCCAUUGUUUUCUAUCGCGGACAUAGCUGCCGAGAUCACGAAGGCACUGGACAAUAGGUGGUCAGGAUUCAACAAGAGCAGCUGCAUCCAGGCUCCGGCUGACACUAUCAUCGGUCAUGUCCUUUGAGUAACCAGAGACAACACGACACCUGUUCUAUCUCUUAAACUGUCAAAAUAAUAUUAUAUAGGAUAGAUUAUAUGGAAUACUAUUGUUCCAAUUUUCGUCUGAUAAACGAUUAAUUUCGUGAAACUCAGGGUUACGAAACCGCAACUGCUCGUUCUCCUGUCUGUAAAGGAUACUAUAGAACUUAAAUUUUAAAAAAUCGUAAUGAUAUUAGCACAUCAUUAUGAAUUUGACAAACUGGAAUACUACACUAUUAUUAUCUUAAACAUAAUUAUACUGUACCAUAACUUUAUACCCAUCAUAUUUGGCAUCUCUCUGACCAACCUUUGGUGAACUGGAGAAAUAUAAUCAUCGGAUAAUUCUUCUAUUGCAUCUAAGUUAACGUCACAGUAUCUAUUUGCCAAUGUAUUUGUAUUUGUAUUUAUGGAUUCUCCACAGGCCUUUAAUAGCCUAAAUCAAUACCGGCGUCAUGGUUUUUGUGGCUGCCCAUUUGGCUUGCAGAUCCGCCCGGAUAUUAUUUGUUCGUUCAGCGUAUGCAAACAUUUGGAUUAAUCCAUGUGAACACGAGAAUGCAUAUUAUUAUUAUUUUUAUUAUUAUUAUCAUUAACUGGUUUGAGGGGAAAUUAUUAUUAUUAUUCAUAAGUCCAUGGUAAAAAAUAAAGUUGAU